AAAAAGAAAACGAAAUAAAUGAAGAGAGAGUAACCGGAGAGCCUAAUAUAAUCCAUAUCUCUAUCCUUCAAGAUAUCUCAUUGGAUCUUCUCUUGCUUCUUGGUUCUACGGCCGGGUAAUUGACGGGUCGUCUUCGGUCUCUCGUUAGAGGAGACCGUUUUGCUGCGGUUUCUGGAUAUACCGUAUUCGGUGCCUUCCUUUCUCGUGUUGUUGGUUAAGAGAUUUGUUGGGGGCAGAUAUGGCGCGGGCUUUAGUUCAAUCAACGAAUUUGCCAUCUUCGGUUGGAUGGGCAAAUAAUGGACAGUUUGAAGGGUCCACCAAGACUAAAAAGGCGUCGACAAUGCUCUCCAGUGUACAGUCGACUCCCAUUCGACUGAGGAGUUUCACCGGACUGCGAGGGGCUAAUGCUCUGGAUGUAGCGUUGAGGAGAAGUGGGCAGACUCUCCAAUCAAAGUUAACUGCCAGCUAUGGUAAGAGAGGGAAAAAGUUAAGAACGGGGCCUCGAGCCAUGUUUGAACGCUUCACGGAGAAAGCAAUCAAAGUCAUUAUGCUUGCACAAGAAGAGGCAAGAAGGCUAGGGCACAAUUUUGUUGGAACUGAGCAGAUCUUAUUGGGACUUAUUGGUGAGGGCACUGGAAUUGCUGCCAAGGUCCUCAAAUCCAUGGGAAUUAAUCUCAAGGAUGCUCGCGUAGAGGUUGAAAAAAUAAUUGGUCGUGGCAGUGGGUUUGUUGCUGUGGAGAUUCCUUUUACUCCUCGUGCUAAGCGUGUUCUUGAACUCUCUCUAGAGGAAGCUCGCCAGCUCGGUCACAAUUACAUUGGAUCUGAGCACUUAUUGCUGGGAUUGCUUCGUGAGGGUGAAGGUGUGGCUGCUCGUGUGCUUGAGAAUUUAGGUGCUGACCCCAGUAAUAUUCGAACUCAGGUUAUUCGAAUGGUGGGGGAGAGUGCAGAGGCUGUUGGUGCUGGUGUAGGAGGCGGAAGCUCAGGUAACAAGAUGCCUACACUGGAGGAGUAUGGUACCAACUUGACCAAGCUAGCAGAGGAGGGGAAGUUAGAUCCUGUUGUGGGAAGGCAGGAGCAAAUCGAACGUGUCACUCAAAUUUUAGGGCGUCGCACUAAGAAUAAUCCUUGCCUCAUUGGAGAACCUGGAGUUGGGAAAACAGCUAUUGCUGAGGGGCUUGCUCAAAGAAUAGCCAAUGGGGAUGUUCCAGAGACGAUCGAGGGGAAAAAGGUUAUAACUCUAGACAUGGGUCUUCUUGUUGCUGGAACAAAAUAUCGUGGUGAAUUUGAGGAAAGGUUGAAGAAGCUGAUGGAGGAAAUUAAGCAGAGUGAUGAAAUUAUACUCUUCAUCGAUGAAGUGCACACUUUGAUUGGAGCUGGAGCUGCAGAAGGGGCAAUCGAUGCUGCAAACAUCUUGAAACCUGCAUUAGCUCGUGGUGAAUUACAGUGUAUUGGUGCCACAACACUAGAUGAAUACCGAAAGCACAUUGAGAAGGACCCGGCAUUAGAAAGAAGGUUCCAGCCUGUCAGGGUUCCUGAACCCACUGUGGAUGAAACUAUUCAAAUUCUUAAAGGGCUGCGAGAGCGCUAUGAAAUCCAUCACAAGCUUCGUUACACUGAUGAAGCUUUAGUCGCUGCAGCACAGUUGUCGUAUCAAUAUAUCAGUGACCGAUUUUUGCCUGAUAAAGCAAUCGACUUGGUUGAUGAAGCUGGUUCGAGAGUCCGACUUCGUCAUGCUCAGCUACCUGAGGAAGCUAGAGAGCUUGAGAAAGAACUCAGGCAGAUCACCAAAGAGAAAAAUGAGGCUGUCCGAAGUCAAGAUUUUGAGAAGGCCGGGGAGCUACGAGAUAGAGAGAUGGACCUCAAGGCCCAAAUAUCUGCUCUCGUGGACAAAAGCAAGGAAAUGACGAAGGCAGAAAGUGAGGCCGGGGACGGCGGUCCGAUUGUCACAGAAGCUGACAUUCAACACAUCGUUUCUUCCUGGACGGGCAUUCCGGUGGAGAAGGUGUCGACGGAUGAAUCGGAUCGGCUGCUUAAGAUGGAGGAGACCCUUCACAAGAGGGUCAUUGGGCAGGACGAAGCUGUGAAAGCCAUUAGUCGCGCCAUUCGCCGUGCCCGCGUCGGGCUCAAGAAUCCCAACAGGCCUAUUGCGAGCUUCAUCUUUUCCGGUCCAACGGGUGUGGGGAAAUCCGAGCUUGCGAAAGCCCUCGCUGCUUACUACUUUGGAUCUGAAGAGGCCAUGAUCCGGCUCGACAUGAGUGAGUUCAUGGAGAGACAUACCGUCUCGAAGCUGAUUGGGUCGCCCCCCGGCUACGUCGGCUACACUGAAGGUGGGCAGCUGACCGAGGCCGUUCGCCGCCGCCCGUACACUGUUGUCCUCUUUGACGAGAUCGAGAAGGCCCAUCCCGACGUCUUCAACAUGAUGCUUCAAAUUCUGGAAGACGGGAGAUUGACGGACAGCAAAGGCAGGACGGUGGACUUCAAGAACACGCUUCUGAUCAUGACGUCGAACGUCGGAAGCAGUGUGAUCGAGAAGGGAGGCCGGCGCAUCGGUUUUGACCUCGAUUACGACGAGAAGGACAGCAGUUACAACCGAAUCAAGAGCUUGGUGACGGAGGAGCUGAAACAGUACUUCAGGCCGGAAUUCUUGAACAGAUUGGAUGAAAUGAUCGUCUUCAGACAGCUGACUAAGCUCGAGGUGAAAGAGAUCGCCGACAUAAUGCUGAAGGAAGUUUUCGAGCGACUCAAAACGAAGGAGAUCGAACUUCAGGUUACGGAGAGGUUCCGAGAUAGAGUUGUGGAGGAAGGAUACAACCCGAGCUACGGCGCCCGACCCCUACGACGAGCUAUCAUGAGGCUUCUCGAGGAUAGCAUGGCGGAAAAAAUGCUGGCGCGGGAAAUCAAAGAAGGAGACUCUGUCAUCGUCGAUGUUGAUUCCGACGGCAAUGUGAUCGUGCUCAAUGGCAGCAGCGGCGCCCCGCCGGAGCCGUCUCCCGAGCCUGUGGUUAUCUAAAAUUCUCAUACCAAGUAUGUUUCUUACUGCAGGUGGGUGUCCCUUUUGAUUAGCUCUCCCUUAAAACUUGUUCUUCUAUGGCGACGAGACUUUGGAUUUACAUUCCCAUUUGGGGCAUCGUCAUCGAGUCAGUCUAAGAUUUUACAAGACUUUGAUCUUGAAAGAAAUAGUUUGUGUAUGAUAUAUUCAAAUGUCUGCCACUAGGGAAUGGAUUCUUACACUUUUGCAUAA